AUGCUUCCAAACUUUCAAUUUAAUGCAACAGAUUAGAAUUUGCAAUUACAGUCAGGUUCUGUACCUGAAUUGGGGCAAUUUUGUCCGGUGCGGACUGUUUAGCGGCUUAUUAAUUCUCCGCAUCCUGGGACAAGGAUACUCUUGUGGUAACUAAGAACAUAAAAGUGCUGUCGUACUGUCAGUUGGAAGGCCCCUCCUCUUUUCCUUAUAGUCGAAUCUGAUCUAUUUUGAAUAUUCACAGAUGUCUGACCACGAAGAUAUCGUUGAUAACACCCAAGAAGUCGAAGUUGUUUCUGCUGAAGCCACCUCUGGACAAAUGUCCGUUGAAGAUGCUCUUCAAGAAGUUCUCCGUCGUGCUCUUGUUCACGAUGGUCUUGCUCGUGGUUUAAAGGAAGCCGUCAAGGCUCUCGACAGACGUCAAGCUCACUUGGCUGUUCUCUGUGAAUCCGUCACUGAAGCCGAAUACCUCAAGCUUGUUGAAGCUCUCUGCGCUGAACACAACAUCAACUUGAUCAAGGUUUCCGAUGCCAAGAAGCUCGGUGAAUGGGCCGGUCUCUGUAAGAUUGAUCGUGAUGGUAACGCUCGUAAGGUCGUUGGUUGUUCUUGUGUUGCCGUUACUGACUUCGGAGAAGAAUCUGAAGCUAUGAACGUUCUUUUGGACUACUUCAAGUCUCGUUAAAUACUCAUAUAUUACAUAUGUACAAUA